GUUGAAAAAAAACGCGACGAAAAGAAAUUCAUUAUUCUUCUUUUAAAAGUGACGUGGCUGUAACUACUCGAGUGGCUGUUUGCUGUAGGAAGGUGCGUUUCAGUGACUCUUGUACCGCAAGCAUGGUGACAGAUGUGCAGCUGGCAAUAUUUGCAAACAUGUUGGGAGUUUCCCUAUUCCUUCUGGUAGUCCUGUACCAUUAUGUGGCUGUCAACAACCCCAAGAAAGUUGAAUGAACAUGUCGAGGAGCAUAGAAGGAUGGAAAUCACAAUCAAGAAUUUCCGCAGAUGGAACAGAUUUCAAAUUAUGGACACUAGAUUUCUUUAGUAUUUUGUUUCUGUUAAUUGUUGAAAUGCUCAGUUGUUUCUAAUUUUUUUUUUUUAUUGUGCACCGUGAUUAUAUCAUGGUGUAAAAUUUGCCAUUGUAGGUAUUGUGUGAAUAACCACAUUUUUGAAUGAAUACAUGACAAAAUGGAUAACUUAAUUUGAA